AUGCUUCAGUCGGUUAAGAAGACGUUUGCAGGGGGUCGGAAAAAGCAGGGUAAGUCAGACGCAGCGUCGCACGAUGCAGGCAAUGCAGCAGCGGCGCCAGCAGCGGCGGGUGGCAUUGCUCGGUCGGGCUCGGGGAAGCUUGCAUCAGGGGGAGCGAACGCCGGAAAGGCGGGAGGCCCGCAUCCGCCUCCUGGCGUCGCGAAUCCAACGGCUCCCGUUCGUCGCGACCCCAACGAAGUGAUCGCGCAGGCGAACGCGUCGCCUUUCGCGGAGCCGCUGCCGCUGUUUAGAGACGUGGGUCCGCAGGAAAAGCAGGCUUUAUUCAUUCGGAAGCUGCAUCUCUGCACUUACCUCUUCGAUUUCAACGACCCCAUGAAAAACGUUAAGGAGAAGGAGAUUAAGCGGCAAACGCUGCUGGAACUAGUCGACUACGUUAAUUCCGGAACCGGGAAAUUCAACGAGGCUGUUUUCGAAGACAUCACGCGCAUGCUGGAGAUUAAUCUCUUCCGGCCGUUACCGCCGUCCGCGCACGAGAUGUCCGGGUCGGAAUCGUUCGACCCGGAGGAGGAAGAGCCGACUAUGGAAGCUGCGUGGCCGCACCUGCAAAUAGUCUACGAGUUCCUGCUUAGGUAUGUCGUUUCUAACGAGACCGACGCGAAGGUGGCGAAGCGCUACGUGGACCAGAAGUUCAUCUUAAAGCUGCUGAACCUGUUCGACUCAGAGGACCCUCGCGAGCGGGACUAUUUGAAGACUAUUCUGCACCGGAUUUACGGGAAAUUCAUGGUGCACCGGCCGUUCAUUCGCAAGGCGAUCAACAACAUAUUCUACCGGUUUAUCUACGAGUCGGAGCGGCACAACGGCAUCGCGGAGCUGCUGGAGAUUCUAGGGAGCAUUAUUAACGGGUUCGCGCUGCCGCUUAAGGAGGAGCAUAAGUUGUUCCUGGUCCGCGCGCUGGUUCCCCUGCACAAGCCUAAGUGCGUGUCGAUGUACCACCAGCAGCUGUCGUACUGCAUCACUCAGUUUGUGGAAAAAGACCCGAAGCUCGCGGAUUUGGUGCUGCGCGGGUUGCUUAAGUUCUGGCCCUUAACUAACAGCCAGAAAGAGGUGCUGUUCCUGGGGGAGUUGGAGGAGAUUCUGGAGCUGACGCAGGCGCCCGAGUUUCAGAUGGUCAUGACGCCGCUGUUCCAGCAGAUCGCGCGCUGCCUCAGCUCCUCACACUUCCAGGUGGCUGAGAGGACGCUGUUCCUGUGGAACAACGACUACAUCGUCACGCUCGUGGCUCAGAACCGCUCCACUAUCCUGCCGCUCAUCUUCGCUGCUCUCGAGCGCAACGCCAGAAGCCACUGGAACCAGGCGGUGAACGGGCUGACCAUCAACGUGCGCAAGAUGUUUCUCGAGAUGGACCAGCCGCUCUACGACGAGUGCCAGCGCCAGUUCCUGGAGGAGGAGGGCCGCGCUGCUGACGUGGAGGAGCUACGCGCCGCCACGUGGCAGCGCCUGGAAGAAGCGGCAGUCACGGGAGGGGUAGGGGGAGGCGGGUUCGGUGGAGGGUUGCAAGCGGGCAUGGAUGUGGAUAGCAGAGAAGGCCGGUCGCAAGACUAUGAAAACAAUUUAGGAUGA